GAUAUACUCGGCCCUAACUGCUAGAGCCGAGUAGCUACCCUCAGUCAACACCUCUCCGUCCAACUUAAGAAUCUCACCCGCUUAUUUCAAGCCUUUACCUGAUUUCGUACUGGCCAACAUGCGUGAACUUCAAUCUCCGCCCGUAUAUCAUCCCUGCCUCCAAGUCCGACGUUCCGCAAAACGCAUUACUUACCAGUGCUGAAACGGAACUACCGACCAACCAGUCUUCCCUUGACGCAUUCACGCUGUUCCGAGAUGGCGCGCGCUAUAGGGUGGGCUAAGCCUCGAUGUGUGGGGUCCGGCCCAGGAGGGUGUCCAGUCUACCGGGCUUCGCUGACGGAAUUGCACUGGGCUUUAUAUAUAACAAGUUAGAGAUCGUUGAAGGAGGUAUCCACUUCGAUUCGUUCGUUACUUGUUAUACAUUCCACAAAUUCGCUCUUUUUCAGUCGCUCACUUCACACUCUUUUUGUUUGGUCUGCAACAUGCGCGCUUCUACUACUUCAGUGGCCCUGGGGCUACUCGCCGCUGCGAAUGCGGCUCCCUUCAAGACUUCGACAGUCAAGAGACAAGAUGCGGGGAAGAUUGUUGCUGCGCACUUCAUGAUCGGCAUCAUGGCGACGCGCUCCAGCGCCGCCGACUACGACGACGACAUGAAGAAGGCCAAAGCCGCAGGCAUUGACGCCUUCGCGCUCAACAUCGCAAAGGACGACUACACCGACGCCCAGCUCAACUACGCCUACGAGAGCGCCGCAAACAACGACAUGAAGGUCUUCAUCUCCUUCGACUACAACUACUUCGAGACGAGCGAGAACGAGGCCGUCGGCGCAAAGCUCAAGGAGUACUGCGGCAAGCCCGGCCAGCUUAUGGUCGACGGGAAGUGCUUCGCAUCCACCUUCAACGGUGACAACGACCCGAGCAAGCUCUUCAACGCGAACACAGUCCGCACGGCCGCUGGCACGGAUCUGUAUCUCGUGCCUAACCUGUCUCCUACCGGUAUCAGAGAUGCCACUGCCGUCGGUGACAUCGACGGCUCCUUCAACUGGAUCGGCUGGGACUCCAACGGCGCGAAUCGCGCCCCCACCGCAGAGUCCAACGUCACCACCUCCGACUUCGACUCCAAGUACACCGAGUGGCUCGCGGGCAAGACCUACAUGGCGCCUGUCUCCCCUUGGUUCUUCACCAACUUUCCCUCCAAGGCGUGGGUCUUCCCCGGCGACCUGCUUUGGUUCCGCCGCUGGAACGAGAUCCUCGCUUUGGCACCCCAGAUGCUCGAGAUCAUCACGUGGAACGACUACGGCGAGAGCCACUAUAUUGGGCCGGACUCGGAGACGAGUCUUCACAACGACGAUGGGAGCAGCGCGUGGGCGAACGGCUUCCCGCACGACGGAUGGCUCGAGAUGGCACAGCCGUACAUCGCAGCGUACAAGGCUGGCAGCAAGGAGAUCAGCGUUACGGAGGACAAGCUCGUGUACUGGUACCGGCCUACUCCCAAGGCCGCAUGCGGCACCUUCGACGGCAUCGACACGCUCCAGGACGCCGUUUUCGUUGUUGCUCUCCUCCAAAGCGAGGGCAACGUGACCGUCACGUCUGGCAGCAACACGCAGACCUUCUAUGCCCCGGCAGGCGCCUCCGCAUACCAAGUCGCCAUGGGCACGGGCGCGCAGACCUUCGCACUCUUACGCGGCGGCGCGGAUGUGUUCAGCGCGAAGGGCGGUCUUGAGAUCACUGAGAACUGCAGCCCCGUCAACCUCAACGCGUUCGUGGGCGUGGCGAAGGGAAAUGCUGCGUAACUUCUUCUUCCGCUGCUACACCGGCCAACGCCACUACCCCUGUACCCGUUCCGUCAAAUGCUGCACCCGUCACGCCCAUCGAGCUUCCUACCUCUGCUCCUCUCCCCACCGAGCCUGCUCCUGUCGUAACACCCAGCAUUCCCCUCGCUCCCUCUUCUGCUUCCCCUUCUACUUCUCUUUCGGCUGUAACGCCCGGUCCGAAACCCCCUGUCUCGGUUUCUGAGGCAGCUGGUACUUCACUGAUUGCUACGCCUACCGCGGCACAGGCACCGGGUGCAGGGGGCUACGAGGUUAAGUGCACGGCGACGGUGACUGCGUCUGAGCAAAUUCGGCCAACGAAUUGCUUGGGCGCUGGACAGGCUUGGGGCGGU